AUGGCCGGUCGGUUGGUAGCUGUGGGCACAGAGAAACCCAUCGUAACUGUGCAGGCUGCUAGCGCACAGGAUGUUGACAAGGCCGUCAACGCCGCACACAAGGCUUUGCGCCAUCCCUCAUGGUCUGAUCUACCUGCUACUGAUCGCGGCCGGCUUAUCGCCCGUCUUGCCGAUUUGAUUGAGGCCAACGGCGAGCUCUUUGCCACUAUUGAUGCCUGGGACAAUGGUUCGUGA